ACAGAAAACAGUAUAUAGAAAGGGAGAAAAUUAUGAAGUACUAGACAUUCCCCAUUGUUUUUUCAUCCAGCCAUGUUUAUAGCCUUUGACUCUUCUUUGCUUUCCUCCCUCCCUUUUCCGCUUUCUGGCUAUUUGCCUAUUCUUUCCCAAGGCAUAGAUGUAUUCUGGACCUUUUCAAUUAAACAAUAUUCCGUGAUGUUAAAGUGAUGCAAGCUGACCACAGUUAAGCUGACUGCAGUGGAAUGUAAUGACUUUAACCACAAAGAUUUGACCCAAUUGCUGUGACCCGACACACUUGCGAUCUAGUACAGCCUGAAAUCUCAAAGCAAUAGCCCCUGACACUAGAGACUUAUGUGAAAGCUGGAACCAAGCAGAACAAGCCUGAAUUAAACCCAGGAGAAACACACUCCAAAAAAAUGUAAUUAUAUUGCAUAGUUUGUUAACAUGUUUACUUUGCUUGUUAGAGGACACUGAGUAAGAUGUCCACAGGCUUUUUAAGAACAGGAAUCUUAAAAAUCCAGAGCUGACUAUAUCUUCUUCUGAAUAUACAUUCAAAUAUUAGGGACAUAAUGCAGUCUGUGUGCUGACUGAUCAGUAGGUAGCAAAGUUCCACUACAGUGCAAAGCAGUGACAAGGUGAUGUGCAAUACUUGAACAGAUCCAUGCAGAGUUCUGCCUAUCACAAUGAGGGGUCACACUGCAGCAGCUGAGACAGUUAUAGAGGAAGGUAAGGAACCAUUUGAUGUGUUAAGCCUUUGUGCUUAAGAACCACAUCUGCAAAUCUUACACAGCAGAGUUGUUUUCUGGUGAUCUAAUAACAUUUAUAAUACAAGGAACUCCUGGUUUGGGGCUGUUUUGUUUUGUUGUUGUGGUGGUUGGUUUGUUUGUUUGUUUUUGGUGGUGGUGGUAGGGUUUUUUUGACCCUUGUAUAGUACCUAUAGAACAGCCUUUAAAGUCUUCCCCACCCCUUUAAAUACCAAAGCAGUAUUUCCUCCUUGCUCUAGUAGCACCAUUGGGUAGAACAUUGCACUGACGUGGAACAUUUUUCACCUGUACAUUACUGCAAUCACACUGAAAGUCACAGUAUUCAUUCCUUGGAAGUCAGACAACAGGUAGAAGAUAAAGCAAGAAAAAACACUGAAGUGUCAAAUCUCACUAAAAACAACAACACAAAAUACCACCGCCAUGCCCCUCACCCUAGCGUGUGUCCCCCCUCCCCCCAAACCCCUAGAAAAAGAAAAAAGAAAAAAAAAAAGAAGGAAACUGCUUGGCAUUGCUCCUUGGCUUUGUCUGUAAAAGCUCCUGAAAGCUGUGUGCAGAAACUUAGGAAAUACCACUCCAUAACAGCCCAGGAUCACAUCUAGUGUAGAUUCUCCAUUCCAUAUAGGGCUAGACUAUAUUCUUGCAUGGAUACCAUUCGGAAUCCUGCAUAAUCUUUGGACUUGUUUUGCCAUUCUGUCAGUGCCACUUUUCUGCUCUCGAUGUUGGAAGACUUCCUGGCUUGGAGCAGGAACACAAGACUGGCUGUAGAAGAUCAUAACAAAUUCCAUUUAGAUCUGUAUCCCAUCACAAACAGUGGCCUGUGAGGAUGCUGAAGUAGUGGUAUAAGAACAGAAUUGAAAGAUUAAGUAAUACUCCCCCAAAGUAAGUUUCUAAUGUUGUGGUUCAGAUUGGAGGGGGGGGCGAAGUAAUGCCUUCCUCACUUUUCAGUCAUAUAAAAUGUUGUGAACAAAGCUUCUGUUUCUGCAUCUUAUCUACUUUUGUGUCUUUCACUGUUGUUCACUACCAUUGAGAACCAGAAUUCCUAAACUGAAAAUCAAAUAACCUGCUAUUUCUGGAAAAAAAAAAAAAAAAAAAUUAUCCAAAUGCAACAAUAUUCCUUAUAAGUCUCAGCAGCGCUUAGUGUUUUUAGUCCAAAAAUUAAAUUUUGCAAGCUUAGCAUCUAGAACUAGAGUUCCAAUUAACCACUUGGUGCCUAUCUAUGAGGCCAGAUUAACUGUCGAGAUUACUUUGUAAACCGGUAUCUAUUCUGAGUUCAUUGCUUGUGUGUAGGCAUAAAUAAAUGUGUACUAUCUAGAACAGUAGUGAAUGGUGACUAAUUGUACCCUUUGAAUUCAGUCCUGAAUGCGUUUUUCCAAUCAAAUCCUUUGUUCUGUCAGCAAGUUUCAGAAAGAGAUUUCUGUAAUUUAGAAUAGUCAAAAUGUGUUAUUAUGACUCUGUAUUAGCUAUUUUUCCCCAGAAUACUGUCUUCUGUGCUCUUAGAAGAUAAAUCUGCAUCUUGAGUGGAAAAGUAGACUUAAAAAGAGCUGGCCUUCGCUGUGACUACCAUUAUUGGUAAUCCAAAGAAGUUCUUUCAGUGAACACCUCGGUCUACUGGCAAUCACCUUACAAAUUCAAUGGAGGAAAUGGAAACCAAGGUCAGCAGCAGUGACAAAGAAGAAGUUUUCAAAAGAGAACUACCAUACUGCACAGGAGAAAUAGACUUCACAGCUUCUGGGAAGAAACGUGGAAAGUUUAUUAAGGUCCCGAGUACGAUUCAUCCUGGAAUUAUAUUUGAAGUUAUGCUCAACAAAUGGAAGCUACCUGCUCCCAAUUUGGUUGUCUCUUUAGUAGGGGAAGAAGAAAAUUUCCAGAUGAAGCCUUGGCUAAGGGACACCUUAAAAAAAGGACUUAUAAAGGCAGCUCAAAGCACAGGUGCCUGGAUUCUUACCAGCGCUUUACGUGUAGGAGUAACAAGACACUUAGUGCAAGCAGUCCGAGAUCAUGCACUGGCUAGUACUUCAUCCAAAGUCAGAGUGAUUGCCAUAGGAAUAACCUCACUCAGAAAAAUUCAGCACAGCGAAAUUCUGGACAACACAAAGAAUGAAAGUCUUGUACGCUACCAAUCAGAUGAUAAUAUCCAAGGCCCACUGUUUUCCCUGGAACACAACCAUUCCCAUUUUAUUUUGGUGGAUCACAUAACACCAGAUGAACCAGAUGGAACCACUAAGCUACGUCUCGCCUUGGAGAAGCAUAUUUCAGAACAGCGUACUGGAUAUGGUGGAACGGGUAGCAUUGAGAUCCCCGUGCUUUGCUUACUGGUAAAUGGAGGACCAGGCACACUUGAGAGAAUUUGCAGCGGUUUGGAAAAUUCUGCUCCCUGGCUUAUCUUAGCAGGGUCUGGAGGUGCAGCUGACAUCUUAGCUGCCUUCAUAAAUGACCCACAGCUUAUCACACCGGAAGCUGUUGAAAAGCAAGUCAAGGAGAAAUUCCCUGCAGAAAGCUUCUUGUGGAAGGACAUUCUACAAUGGACAGCAACAAUUCAGAACAUUAUCUCACAUCAACAUCUUCUAACCCUGCACAACUUUGAGCAAGAUGGUUCAGAAGACCUAGAUACAGUCAUUUUAAAAGCUUUAGUAAAAGCUUGUAAAAGUCACAGUCAGGAAGCUCAGGAAUAUCUGGAUGAACUGAAGCUGGCAGUGGCCUGGAACAGAGUGGACAUAGCUAAAAGUGAAAUUUUCAAUGGUGACGUGGAGUGGAAGUCCUGUGACCUGGAGGAAGUGAUGAUGGAUGCUCUGGUCAAUGACAAACCAGAAUUCGUAAAAUUAUUUAUUGACAAUGGGGCUAACAUAUCUGAAUUCCUGACAUAUAGUCGUCUGCAGAGACUCUACUGUUCCAUUUCUCAGAAAUGUCUCCUCUAUGAGCUUCUGCUGAAGAAACAUGAAGAAAGCAAGCUGACCUUGGCAGGGCUCACUGGUCAACAGCAUAAAGAGCAGAAGGAGAUCUGUCCACUCUUCACUCUUGGUGAAGUCUCUAGAGUUCUCAAGGAUCUUCUCCAUGAUGCAUGCAAAGGUUUCUAUCAAGACCUCAGACAUGGAGGCAAGAAGAGAUCCGAUAAAGUGAAUAUGAAGCGAUUACCUGAGCCUUUGGAUAUGAACCAGAAAACUGAAAACCCUUGGAGGGAUUUGUUUGUAUGGGCAGUACUUCAAAAUCGGCACAAGAUGGCGAACUAUUUCUGGGCUAUGGGUCAGGAGGGUGUAGCUUCAGCUCUGGCAGCCUGCAAGAUCCUUAAAGAGAUGUCCCGCCUGGAGACGGAAACCGAAGUUGCACGUAUAAUGAAAGAGGCCAAGUAUGAGCAGCUCGCUGUUGAACUGUUCAGUGAAUGCUACCACAACAGCGAGGAGAGAGCGUUUGCUUUGUUGGUGAGGAAAAAUCAGUACUGGAGCAAAACCACCUGCCUUCAGCUGGCUACAGAAGCAGAUGCAAAGUCUUUCUUUGCACAUGAUGGUGUCCAGGCCUUCCUGACAAGAAUAUGGUGGGGAGACAUGUCUACAAGUACACAAAUUCUGAAGUUAAUCUGUGGAUUCUGGUGUCCUUUCCUAAUCUACACAAAUUUAAUAUCAUUCAGUGAGGAAAAACAAUCAAAGAAUGAGCCAGAGCCAUUUAGAGAGCUGGACAGUUUAGCUACGGAGAGGACUCUGUUUUUUUCCAAGGAAGAAGACAGAGGAAAUGGUAAAUUGGAAAAGCAGAACCCUUCUGAAAAAACAGCGUGGGCGACAUUCAUGUUUACUCGGUGGAGAAAAUUCUGGAGUGCCCCUGUAACUGUAUUUAUGGGGAAUGUUAUAAUGUACUUUGCUUUUCUGUUUCUAUUUACUUAUGUCCUUUUACUGGACUUUAAACCACCUCCACCUGAGGGUCCAUCUGCUAAAGAAAUUAUACUUUACUUCUGGGUUUUUACCCUGGUCUUGGAAGAAAUCCGACAGAGUUUCUAUACAGAUGAAGACACAAAUUUAAUGAAAAAAUUUAAACUAUAUGUGGAGGAUAACUGGAAUAAAUGUGAUAUGGUGACCAUCUUCCUCUUCAUAAUUGGGGUAACCUGCAGGAUGCUGAACUCGACUUUUCAAGCUGGCCGUACAAUACUUGCCAUUGAUUUUAUGGUGUUUACACUUAGACUUAUACAUAUUUUUGCAAUUCACAAACAACUUGGACCAAAGAUCAUCAUUGUGGAAAGGAUGAUGAAGGAUGUUUUCUUCUUUCUGUUUUUCUUGAGCGUGUGGCUUAUUGCCUAUGGUGUGACAACUCAAGCUCUGCUUCAUCCCGAUGACAGCCGAGUGGAAUGGAUAUUCAGAAGGGUGCUUUAUCGUCCCUACCUUCAAAUAUUUGGCCAGAUUCCACUGGAUGAAAUAGACACAUCACGAAUGUAUCCCAGGAACUGCACGUUUAAUCCACUGCAGAUUCUGCAGGAGAACUCACCGUCGUGUCCCAACAGCUAUGCCAACUGGCUUGUCAUACUUCUGUUGGUCAUCUUCCUACUGGUCACAAAUGUUCUCCUCAUGAAUCUCCUGAUUGCUAUGUUCAGCUACACUUUUCAAGUUGUUCAGGGCAAUGCAGACAUUUUCUGGAAAAUUCAGCGCUACAACCUGAUUGUUGAAUAUCACGGCCGGCCUGCCUUAGCACCACCAUUUAUCAUUAUUAACCACAUAACUCUGGUUGUCAGAAGAAUCUUCAACAAAAUGGAACAUAAAAAAGAACAUCUGGAAAGAGAUCUUCCAGUUGGGCUCGAUCAAAAAAUCAUAACAUGGGAGCUCAUGCAAAAAGAAAAAUAUCUUGGAAACCUUGAACAAGAAAGGAAGGAAAGCAAUGAAGAAAGGCUGAAAGCCACAUCUAAUAAGGUGGAUAAUUUGUCCAAAUAUUUUAGUGGUUUGAAAGAACAAGAAAAGCGAUUUAAAGUUAUGGAAGCCCAGAUUUGCUACUGUACAGCUGUUAUCUCCUCAAUGGCAGAAGUUCUAACCCAAACCAACCUCUUGUGCAACCAACCAGCUUCAAACUACUCAUGUGUGAUGAAUGCAAACACAGACACGCCUUUGCCAGGAAGAAAAGAAGAGUGUGCAGAUCAGUCCAAGAGUGACAUCACAUUCAUUGAUAAUUAAAUUACACUCUCAUUUCUUCAGAUUAAACCUUUUGUCCUACUGAACUACUAUAGAAAUAAAAUCCGAAUCUCACAAAAGCCUCAAAGCCUUUAUACCAAGCACUAUCAAUGCCUGACACUACUGAGAUUUCUUGGUCUUCCUCCUUCAAUUUCUUGGGCUUUCUUCCCUCCUGCUCUUAUAUUGUUUGGUCCUUUGUCCAAAACUCCAUUCCACAAAUCACACUAAAAACUUUCUUCUCCAGGGCAACUCUCCCACCUUUAGAAAUUACAACCUGCCUUCUGUUCUCCAAAUACCACACCCUCAGUCCAACGUCACAUUGCUCAUUUCCACAUUUCUCUGUUCAAGGGAGCCUCCCUUUAGAAGGGUGAUCAUUUAUGCACUUAAAAACAAGCCGCUUCCUUGGCCAAGAAAGCAAGCUCAUAUUUCUGAGUUGCUUGGAAAGGAAAACAAGAAAUAGUUUCCACAGGAAAGGGCCUGGAACACUGAACUAUUACAAUCCAUACAGUUCCUGGAGUUCUUACAACCCUCGAAUGAUUGCACUUACCA